AGCGGGCCCUGCCGCCCGGAGGCCGCGAAGAGAGCGAAGGGAGUGGAGAGCGGUCGUUGGCACUUGGAGGAGGGGUGGGGGCCAGGGGCCGCCACGCGCAGGCGCUCUCGAAGAGCUGGGAGAGGGAGAAGCUCGGGGCGCGGGAAGAGUGAGACGUCGGGCCGGUGGAGCCGGGUGUGGCCGAGGCGACGAGGCCGAGGGGCCGCCUCGCAAAGGAGGAGCCGCGGCGACGCUGAGGAGGAGCCGCCGGCGGGGAGCGACCCCGAUGAGGACCGGGUGACACACCGAACAGACUGUCCACCUAAUGCCCUGCAGCAGCCAAAACUGAAGGAAAAUCCAGGAAACAACAUUUGGAAGAAGAGUGAGAUAAAGAAUAAGAAUAUGCAAGGAAAAAAAAUGGAGGAUAAGAGCACGGAACUCACUUGUGCCAAGAUUGAUAUGGACAUACUGCUGAAGUGCAUUAAGGAACAAGUAAACAACCCUCCUGCUGUAAAGAGUGCCUUGCUCUCAAUUAUUUCAAUUUGUCAACAAAAUAGCAGUGCAUGCACUUAUUUUGAAGAUAUUGGUGGUUUGAAGUUGGUACGUGAUCUUGCAACAUCAUGUGUGCACAGCAUGCUAAAAGAAGUCGCCCUGCAUACACUAUUAUCUCUAGCAAAUUCUAGUGUCCCUUGUCAGCAAAGUCUUUGUACUCCUGAAUUGUUUGACAAAAUUAUUAGGUUUGUAGGUGAUAAGAACUACAGCAUGAAUUUGCAAAUAGUAUCUGUCUAUGUUCUCUUGGCCCUGGUAUCAAAGAACAAGACUGGACAAGUCCUUUUGAGAGAAACAGGCUGUAUUUUCAUUCUGCAAAAGUUAUUCAGAUCAACUAUUGCAAAAUCUGAAAUUGAUUUCUCCAGUGAGAGCUUUAAGAAGAAACAUCAUCUGUGGCAUGUAAUUUGCCAUACUCUGGGUGCAGCUGUCAAUAAUCCUCAAAAUGAGGAAAAUCAGAAAAUUUGCUGUUCCAUUUUGCCACAUGUUAAGGUCUUGUUAGAAGUAUGUUUGAAGCCUGAGAUAGUUCGUCCUCUAUGCUUAUUUGUUGGACUCACAAUGGCAGAAAACUCACUGACUCAAGAAUUCUUCAUAUCUAUUGGUGGAUUGGAUGUUUUGUCUGACGUUUUAAUAAAGCUGACCAGAGAAUCACAUCAGAGUAUUUCUAGUGCUAAACUGGCAGUAAAUGUGACAAACGCCAUCAAUGUCUGCAUUGCUGAUAACUCUCCUGGUAGUGUAGUUCUAGCAAGACAUCAUGUCGUGCCAAAGCUUCUGACUUUGCUGCUUCUUGAGAGCCUGAAUUCUGGCGAGAAAACUAGUGUUAUGCUUACACUUGCAUAUUGCACUGCAGCGUGUGAGGAAAAUCUGCAUCACCUGCUCCAGAACAAUGGCCUUAACUUUCUCAUAGACUCCAUAUCUGAUCCUUGUUAUGAGGCUUUAGGCAACAUUGUUUUUAUUGUGCUGUACAACUGUAAGAUUUUUGCCAAGAAAUUGCUCUCUCACCUUGUUAUGUACGCUUCGGAAGUGUCUUCUAAAGUAGAAAAAAUAGAAAAAGCCCUCGACUGCUUGAAGAAAAGAAGAGACUCCAUAUCUAAAGAACAAUUGAAAAGAAAAGAAGAAAAGGAACAAGGCCCUGAAACAAAUAGCACUGAUGAAGAUUCCUUGCUGAAAGGCAAUGACAGAGAAAAGGACUGUCAAAAGCAGCAAUAUGAAUUAGGUGGUUGGGUUCACCUCCCACCUGCAAGCAGUUUGCCCGGGAGUCAAUUAGAGAGUUCUGGAGGGAAUUCCAAAUGGGCUUUUUCCAGCGAGUAUGAAGAAAUCGGAAGUGAACAUGUGUUUGGAUAUUCUGCUCCAGCAGUUGAAAAUAAAGCACUGCAGCCACCAAAAGAAGGUCUGCCAGUCACCUCAGCUCCAGGAGAUGAUGAUGGAAAACAUCAUGGUGUUGAAAGAAAUUCCUCUUCUAGAAGCCCAUGCACCUGCCGUCAGGAGCGCACAAACCAAGAAUCCCUAAAGAAGGUGCAGAAGAAGAAGUAGCCAGCAGUUUUACUUGAGUAAAGAAAACCGGGAAACCACUGAAAUUCAUCUUUAUUGUCUUAGGAAGAAAGACUGCAGUGGAUGUGGCCUAUGAGUACCACAAAUUAGAGAGAGAAAAUGAUACAUAAUUCCCGGAAGAGUUUUUGGUUAGAGAUUUAAAAAAAACCAACCACAUUCAUGUUCUGUGUUUUAAGCAAGCUUUGAGUUACCGAUCCUGUUAGUUUCACUGUAUAAUAUUCAAAUGGGGGAGGGGAGGGUAGUGAUACUGUGUAUUAAAGUGGUUUGUUGGUUGCAUUAGUUCUAGAGAUCCUUGUUUAGCUUGUUAAAGAAGCAUGCUGAAAAGGAAGAAACUCACAAAUAUUCCCUCCUUUUAAAUGUUUAUUUUAGAAUUGACCUUUAGUUAUUCCUAAAACAAGCUAUUAAGAAGGGCAAAGGUCAUUAAAUAUUUCAAUAGACUAUUUCAGUAUUUUAAUAGAAUUGGAUCUUAAAAAAUGUUCUUACUGAGUGAAAAAAUAAUUUGAAUAUUAAAAAUAUCAUUCAUUUAGCAUAAGUCAUUAUGAACCUAACUUACAACUAAGAAGUGAAUUAUGUAUUAGGGAGAACAUAGCCCAUUUGUAAAAGCAUUUGCUUUACUCUGGCCUAAUACAUGAAAGAGAAAGUAAAACACUUUUGACCAACUAAAUGAAAUUUUUUAAGUAAAUUGAAUAAGAUUUUAUUAUUAAAUAAAAUGGGUUUUUUUCUGAAAUA